CGAUGGUGAAGCGAAGAGGUGGAACUGUGCUGAAAGAGAGGUGUCGGAACGGCAGGAAGCACUGGAUGGCACAGGAUAUUGCACAGGAUGGCAAUCCAUCCUCCGAAAAAGAGUGGCAGUAUCUCUCUGUCUCCACCAAUUAGUUUCUCGCCCCAGAAUUCUCGCCGCCGUCGGUUCGCGCUUUUGGAGUCAGGCGCACGUGAUGAUGUCAUGUGCGCCGACUGAUUAGCCUGCCAUUUGAGUGAGCUGGCCAUGACCCGCUUCCUCGCAGCUGAUUGAUAUCAGGGGAUCACAGUGGGAUCAUGGGGCCUCGUCAAGUAGCACACGGCAGGAUCAGUUGUGAACACCACCAUGGCACCCACACCAUCCGCCUAUACAGUCACUCACCACUAAACCACUAAUACCCUUCUCUGCAGUACACGGCAUACGGUGCAGCUCAGGAACGGCCGUGGGUCACUCAGGGGACGGCCUGCAGCCUUUGGAAUGAGGUGCUCGACACGAGCGGGAGGAUGUGUGAGGGAUGGCCGCCUAUGAGGGUCCUCGGGCAGCUCAGCCACAGGCCAGUCACGGCCUUGCCGCACACCGCACAAACAUUCCGCUCCUUCAUGCACUUGCGCUGCGCCGCGCCCGCCACACACAGACAAACACAUGUGCUCGUGAGCCGGGCUGUGUGCCACGCACCGAAGGACGUGAUGGACGGAUGGAUGCUUACGCAGUGAAUGGGGUGUUUGUUGACGUGGUCUGAAGGGUUGAUGGCGCUCUGGAGCGGGUCGUGCGAUACACGGUCAGCGUCGAUGGCCACGCCGCACUCUGAACACUUGAUGACGGCCUGGGUAUGCUCGCGACCUGCACCCACAUACGAACCCUCGAUGGGAGGGCGAGUAGCUUCUCUGUUCAUGAUCACACAGACGUACCCAGCUGUCUGAUCUCCAGGAAGGGCGACAUUUUGAUGAAGCGAGCACACUCGACGUGAGACCUCAGACGACGGAGCAACUCUGACAAAUACAUGCAGACGGUGUGUGGUUCGUCCCACUGGCUGGGUGCUUUGUUCGCGCUUGCUCCCUCACCGAUAAUGCUCUUGCUCCAACGAAUCAGCUCCUUGCGCCUAAAACACCACACAUCGCGUUCGUCACACGUACUUGCAGCUGGGGCAAUGAGCCAGUGAGUGUAUCGACUGACCACUUCAUUAUGUCUUCAUCGGUUGCCAGGUUGAGCAUGAGUGUGAGGGCCGUGUGGGGGUCGUUUUGGCUGCGGAAAUGAGCCACGGUGGAGGCGAACUCCUCACAACGACACCAAUCCAACCAUUUGGCUGCACAGACCGCCAGGACACACCACAGUACGGGUGCACACGUCUGCCCUCCAUGUCAGUCAGACGUGCGUGCGUGUACCUAUGCCGCCACUGUAGCCUUCGAAAGGAGAGGCUGGAUACGUCAGGGAGCUCAUCAUGCCAUCAUCCACAUCGGGGCCGUCCUCCUGCUGCCCCUCUGCUUCCUCCGAUGACCGCUCAGCCACACCGGGAUUCCCACCGGAUUCAGACGCCACCCCUCCCUCAUAUAUCAGCUGUGCCUUGCUGCCCGCACCGAAGGAGAACACAAUCGGCCCAGAGUCGCCCCUGCCGCCGUCAUGCUGACACCAGGCGAGUGACGGCAGCGCCUUGACGGGGUCCAUCGAGUCAUGGCAAUCGUCAAUGUCCACGGCUGACAGGGCGGCAGAGCGGCCAGGGGGACCAUUGGCGCGUCUCGCAAGUGAGGGCAGCAGGUUGACCACCGCAUGGCACGUUGGAGCCUCAGUGCCGAGACUCAUGUGGCGACAUCCAUCAACAGCAGGCAGAUCAGUUGAUGGUGGAGGAGGAGAAGGUGCGCUCGCCUUGGGCGGCUGCAGUGUGGCCAGGAACGAGGGCGUCUGGCUGAGUGCGAGGGCGUGGGACGGCUGGAAGGGGUGUGUCGGGGUUGCAGGUGGGCUCUGGAAGAAGUCGGCCAUAAGACGAAACGACUGCGCCUUGAGAGGAUCUCCGGCCGUCUCGGCGACGGCCGCCCAGAGGUGGCAUGCAGCGGGGCCAGCGAGGGCCCUCACCAACCGAUCGCCCUCUCUGCACUGGGCAAACGCCACCGCAGCCUCACCAGCCCCCCCGUCAGACCGCAGAGUGGACCCCACAUUCCAUGCCGAUCGGUCGCCGCCGGUUCUGUCGUCCUCUCUGGUGGCAUGGGUCUUCUUGGCUUGUCUCCUCUUGCUGUCAGCCAGGUCACUCAACACCCACUCCAGCAGCUGACAUUGCACCGACCGGGGCAGCUGGCCGCAUAGCCGCUGCUGCUGAAGGGCAAGCAGCGCCAUGCCCGCUCGCGGGCCCCUGCCCUUGCCCUCGGGUGUCCUCGCCUGCCACUUGUGGAGCAGCUCCUUGGAGACAGCUUCCAUCCACGGUGCGAUCGCCGUCACCGGCACGUGGAAGAACAUGGCUUCGUUAGGCAGACAGUCGACCGCAAUGGCGUGCCGGAGAUAAUGCAGCGGGUCGGGGGCAUAAUGCUCGUCAUAGUCGCCGUGAACAUCCACUCUGGGCAGCGGCACCGUCAGGCACGACCGCACCGCCCGCGAUAUCGCGUCUCUCCUGACGUACGCCUGCAUGCUGAAGUCCUGCGGUGUGGGGGCCAGGCCGGUGUCGAAGGUGAAUCCCGUCCUCUCAUAGUCUGGGAUUGGGGAGGAGGUCCGCGGGGAGGUGUCUGCGGCGCACGUGAUGGGCGAGGGGCGGGGAACGGCGGUGGUCUGGAUGGACAGGCGCUCGGGGGACCUGGGAGCGAUGAAAGGGGGACACGUAUCAACAGCCGGCGCCCACGCGAUCGACACAGCCCUGAGGAAAACACGCAGAGACCCUGAUGAGCGCUCGGUGGGUUGGGGCGGUGAGUGUAGGCUGCCAACCUGGUGUGUCUGAGGGGCUGGUAGGCGUCUGCAAUGUCAUGUAGGAUGACCCGACGAUCGCUGCUGCACGAGACGAGGCGGUCGCUGUCGAUCCAGAUGAAGUCUUUGGCGGCCUCUGUGUGGCCCGUGAAGCUGUAGAGCGGCGAGUGCGGCGACGACAGCUCCCACACGUUGAUGUUGGGGUCCAUCACCGACGCACAACACGUCACCUGAGUGGGAUAACCAGGCCGCCAGCGGACGCAGCGGACGGGACUCACUGCACACACACACAGCCCAAUGAAGAAAUGAAAGGCAGUCAAUAGGUCCAGACCCCUCAUGCGUGUCAAGCUUGAGAUCUCGUGCCGUACCCGUGCGCAUGAAGGCGAUGGCUCGGUUGUUUUUGCGUAGGUCCCAGAUGUGAAUGUUCUGGUCCCUCGACGCGGCCGCGAAGACGUUGGGGUCGUGGGGAUUCCACCUGGCGGAGGUGACAGCCUGUGUGGAAACCAGAUGGGACCUCUCACGCGUGUAGCCCUUCGAGCUGGGCGGGAAGGCCAUGGCGACGUCAUCCAACGACGAUGAACUGCACCUGCAGAUACGGAGCAACAUGUGGAAAUCGAUGGGUCGGUCUCUCGGCUUGCUUGUUGUGUACCUGACGUCAUAGAGCACAACGAAUCCGUUCUCGAAUGACGUGAGCAUCUCGUGGUCCGAAUGGCCGUCGUAGACACCAUCCAAAGGCCGGCUCUGAAGAUCUCUGAACAGAAAGGAGGCAGUGAGCAUCGGGUAUCGCAUCGAGUGAAUGUCAUAUCAGUGGGGCUUGCAGUGGUCAGCUGACCGUACGGCGAUUCUGUUCAUGGUGUUGAAUUCGCACGACUGCCUCACGGGUGCCGGGGAGUUCGCCUUGAGGUGCUCGCAGUCGAAUAUCUUGAUGGCACCGUCAGAGAACCCACACACCACCUACACACACAGACACACGGACACAGACACAGACACAUCCAACCCAUCAAUGUGUGUGACCGUGUAUGUCUGUUCCUCCCUCCCUCCCUGCCUCCCUGCCUCCCUGCCUCCCUGCCUGCCACCGUACCUGUGAUGUGUUCCCGAGCCAUUCGAUGCAGUGGCCUGUCCGCGUGUGAGCUUGGAACUUGGGGCCCAUGUCCCUGACGCCACACAACACAACGCAUACACACCGGUGCGGUGCUUGGUCAUCCACACCCGCAUCGCAUAUGUCCUUCCCUGCUUCCUCCCUCCAUCGCACAUAUACCAUGAUUUGCUGAGUUUCUCGUACUUGACGAAUACAGAGAGCAUGCCGUUGGUGGAAAUGGCAGCGAAUGCUGUGGGGCUGCGCCGCUUCCACGCCAGCCCAUUGACAUUGGUGUUGAACCGCCGCCUCUCCUUCAAGCUGUCCUUCUUGACGUCCAGGAUGUGCAGCCGAGACCGGCCUCCCACCGUCAGCAGGUUGUGGGGCAGCGGCGCACGGGUGGCCCACUGCCCGUCAGUCAACGUCAUGCUCAUGCUCCGCCCAGACGAGUCCAGUGAGCCUGGGUGGGACGGGUAGCAGGCAGAGAUGCAGGACGGCUGAUUCUGCCGCUCGAACUCAAACACCACCACAGGGGAGGACGAUGGCCGGCCUAAGGCUCCUUCAGGUGUGCCGCUGGUGGGUGGUGCUGUGGGGUGGACCUGGUUCGCCUUGGCUGACGACGAUCUUUUCCCACCAUUGCGCGAGGAUGCGCUGCUGGGUCGUGCGCUCCUCGUGACAGCGGGCGGCUGGGUGUCCUUGGGGCUGGAGAGCGGCGUGAAGAAGGCAGCGGCGGAAGAGGCAGACGGGGAUGAUGAACGAGCCGCUGUGGCCAUGGCGAUGAUCUGCAGCACAGAGAUGAGUGAGGAUCGUGCACUGAUUCAUCCACCCAUCCGCCUCGUACCUCACCUGCCUGGGUUCGUGUGCGUCACGGCAGCCAACAGAGCAUCAUGAAAUCGUCGAUGGAUCCAUGAAUUCAGUGCCCACCAGCUGCAUGUCCAGGCAGAUCCCUUUGCUUUUUCC